UAAUAUGAAAUUAAAAGUCCAAGGACUAUUUUGAAAUUUUAUCUAAUUAAACAAGUGAACUCAUCUCAGACUCAGAGUCCAUCCAUCCACGAGCUUCCCACUAAAAAAGAAGUGGAGAGGCGAUACAAUCGAUUUGGAAUGCUUUGUGUCUUCUACAUUGAAUCCUCCUACUAGAUAUGGAUCUCGGUGUUCUUCUACCCUCUCUCAUUCCCUCUUUGCAAUCUGUAUACGUGCUGGUGUCUUACUUCGUUUACUUGGCCGUUGCUGGAGAACUUCUCCCCGGAAAAGUUAUCCGCGGCGUCGUUUUAUCAGACGGCUCUCAGCUUCGUUACCGAUGCAAUGGUCUAUUCGCACUCACAUUGCUGGUGGCUAUCUUGGGAAUCUCUGCGAAACUCGGCAUCGUAUCACCUCUUGUGGUUGCUGAUAGAGGACUUGAGCUACUCUCUGCUACUUUUAUCUUCUGUGUUUUGGUGACGUUGGUGUUGUAUAUCACUGGGCGAAGUUCCUCGGAUAAGAGUUCUUCUCUAAAGCCUCAUGUCUCAGGAAACCUUGUACAUGACUGGUGGUUUGGAAUACAGCUGAAUCCUCAGUUUUUGAGCAUCGAUCUCAAGUUCUUCUUUGUCAGAGCCGGAAUGAUGGGGUGGCUGCUUAUCAAUCUCUCUAUUCUGGCAAAAAGUGUUCAGGAUGGUUCCUUGAGUCAGUCGAUGAUUCUUUACCAGAUUUUCUGUGCGUUAUAUAUAUUGGACUACUUUGUUCAUGAAGAAUACAUGACCUCUACGUGGGACAUAAUCGCAGAGAGAUUGGGUUUCAUGCUGGUGUUUGGAGAUCUCCUGUGGAUUCCUUUCACAUUUAGCAUUCAGGGCUGGUGGCUUUUGCACAACAAAGUAGAACUAACAGUUCCUGCAAUUGUAGCCAACUGCUUUGUGUUCUUGAUAGGGUACAUGGUUUUUAGAGGGGCAAACAAACAAAAACAUAUCUUUAAGAAGAACCCUAAAACACCUAUAUGGGGUAAGCCUCCAGUGGUGGUUGGUGGAAAGUUGCUUGCUUCAGGCUAUUGGGGAAUCGCAAGGCACUGUAAUUACCUUGGCGACCUGAUGCUAGCACUGUCCUUCAGUUUUCCCUGUGGAAUAAGUUCUCCGGUUCCAUAUUUCUACCCGAUAUACCUUCUGAUAUUGUUGAUAUGGAGAGAACGAAGAGACGAGGUUCGAUGUGCAGAGAAGUACAAGGAGAUUUGGGCUGAAUAUCUCAGACUUGUCCCCUAUAGAAUCCUUCCUUACGUCUAUUAAUAACUUUGCAAUGUCAUGGAUCCUUUGAGAUUGUCAUCAUCUUCUGACUUUCUUUCAUCUUUUUGUUUCUAAUGUGUGACAUUAGAAGAGUCCAUUACGGCUUUUAUUUUACACAUUACAAAUCCUUUUUUUCCCUCGCUUUAUUAAACUAGUUUUCAUGUCUUCUAUAAAUCAAAUACUUCAUGGAUGCACCACUAUAAUCGAUUUGGAAAGAGACUAUAAAUAUCCGCA